UGCACCGGACCCGCGAACCCGUCACUUCUGGGCGGGAAUCCUAAAAAUCAACAUAAUAUUAGUGUAUCAUAUAUUACCCCGGGCUCGAGCCAUCAGCGGACGAUCCCGCACGUAGUGGGCCCCUCUCUCUCAUUCUCACAGUUUUUUUUUUUUUUUUUUUUUUCUCUUCGAAAUUCGUUGUUUUCAUUGUCGUUCAAGUUUUGUAUUGUCUGUGCGUGAGUGUUCGUUCUUAAUUGGUGCUUGCAACCUCAACGCCAGAUGAUUGGGGUUUUGCUGUUGGCCUAUGUCGUGGCCGUCAAGGUUUUCAAAAAGGUCACCCCCAAUGGCAAAGUCACGGUUUACCUCGGCAAGCGAGACUUUAUCGACCACCUCGAGUCAGUGGAUCCCAUCGAUGGCAUCGUCGUCGUCGAGCCCGACUACCUCCAGGGCAGAAAGAUUUACGGCCAGGUGAUCACAACGUACCGCUAUGGCCGGGAGGAGGACGAGGUGAUGGGGGUGAAGUUCAGCAAGGAGUUGGUCCUCAGUCGAGAGCAAAUAGUCCCGUCGAAGAGGGAAAAGCAAGAUUACACGCCCAUCCAGGAGCGGCUGUUGAGGAAACUCGGCUCCAACGCCUAUCCUUUCCUGUUUACCUUUCCAGCCAAUUCACCGAGCUCGGUUACCCUACAGCCCGGCGAUGACGACCAGGGCAAGCCCCUCGGUGUCGAGUACACCGUCAAGAUCUACGUGGCCGAGAGCGAGGACGACAAGGGUCACAAGCGAUCCUCCCUCGCCUUGGCAAUUAAAAAAUUACAAUACGCCCCACCGUCGCGCGGCCGCAGGCUUCCGAGCUCAUUAGUAUCCAAGGGAUUCACGUUCUCUCAGGGCAAGCUUAACUUGGAGGUGACAUUGGACAGGGAAAUUUACUACCACGGCGAAAAAGUGUCGGCCAACGUCAUAGUGACCAACAAUUCCCGCAAAGCCGUCAAGAACAUCAAGAUCUUCGUUGUCCAGCAUUGCGAAGUGACCAUGGUGAACGCCCAAUUCUCGCGCAACGUGGCCAGCUUGGAGACGCGAGAGGGUUGCCCCAUAACACCGGGGGCCUCGUUUACCAAACAAUUUUACCUCGUGCCCUUGGCCAGCAGCAACAAGGACCGUCGAGGCAUUGCGCUCGACGGGCAUCUCAAGGAUGACGACGUCAAUCUUGCCUCCUCGACGAUGGUUGCCGAGGGCAAAGCCCCAAACGAAAACAUGGGUAUCGUCAUCUCGUACUCCGUACGCGUGAAACUCAACUGCGGCACCCUUGGCGGUGAACUCGUCACCGACGUGCCCUUCAAACUCAUGCACCCGGCUGUGGGAGCUGGAAGUGGGCCGGAACCAACAAAGGAGUCCUCGAAAGGAAUGAAGAAGACCAGGAGCAUCGAAAGAGGUCGGUACGAUAAUUACGCCAACGACGACGACGACAAUAUCGUAUUCGAGGACUUUGCCCGUCUGAGAAUGAACGAUCAGGAAUAAACGCAAGGCCAUAGGUCGUGUCCAUGGGGUUUCGAAGAGAGAUUUAGCAGAACAAUUUAUUGGAACAAAAAAAAAAAAACACAAACAACGAGAAUCUUAUAGAAAAUCGUGUGCGUUAAAUGCAGUGUAAAAUUUUUUUUUUUUUUUUUUUUUUGAGGAAUAACGUGUCUUCAAAACCAGCCGAUGUGCCAGAGUUUAAACAAACAAAAAAAUAUCUAAAAA